GCAAAGCCAUGAGAGCAUUCAAGUCCCUGCAGCAGAAGAGGAAGGAAGGGGGAGAAGGAGGACUCAGCCCCCCAAUAGGUUGAGCUAUGAACGGCUUGGAGGACCAGCCAACUCAACCUUGACCGAACCAGAGGACAUGACAAGUGUGGGAGGCUUCAUUUGCUGUGUUGGUGGAGGUCCAACAGCUUGGGAGAGCAAGAAACAAGUGGACCAAGCAUUGAGCUCGGUGGAGUCCGAGUACAUGGCACUCUUCCGUGCCAUAAGAGAGGUUGUGUGGCAGCGGCGUUUGCUAGCUGAAUUGGGGGAGGAGCAGCAAGGACCUACCCCACUCUAUUGUGAUAGCCAGGGUGCUAUUGCAUUGGCUAAGAAUCCGGUUCUUCAUGGCCUUACCAAGCACAUGAAGGUGAAGUGGCAUUGGGUGAGGAGCAUGGUAACCGCGGGUGAAGUGGAGUUGCACUACGUGAAGACGACGGCACAGCCUGCGGAUAUGAUGACCAAGAGGCUGGUUGAGCAGCAGCAUUGGAAGUGUUGCAAGCUUUCUGGGAUGGCUCUGAACUAAGGGGAGCAGAUUCUAAGGCCAACAAUCCGAGGGGGAGUUUGUUGGUGCAACCCUAUGGCUUGCACUCGGCUUGUCGUCCUUGUUUGUGUGUGUGCAUGCAUGGCAUGGAAUGAAUUGUGAGUCUAUGUCAUUGCUAUCCAGUGCUUGUGUGUGUGUUUGAAUGGUGUAUCACAAUGUGGUUUGUGUCGGUCAAGACAUUAGCGAGUUUUUACAACUCGCAUGUCAAGUCGUCGUUUGCGUGUCGCAUGUGUUUUUUUUCUAUUUUGUCGAGUGUGAAGUGUCCAUCGUGUCGCAGGUGUGUGCAGCAAGCCCCCAUCAACUCAAGAAGAAUUUAUCUUGCAGAUCCAAGACCAAGAGCUCAAGAUUUCAAGCCCAAGGGACGCGGAUAAAUAUAAAAUAGUGAAAAUAGUAACGUUACUUCGUGUAGUGUUACAUUUCACUUGGUGUAGCUCCUUGGAGGGUUGGUUUCGAGACUCUUCAUGGUUGGGGACUCUCUGGUGGUGUACCACCAACCUGGACCUCGGCUCUUGGGGUAUGUAGAGGCUGGGAACUAUCUCCCUCUCUAACUCUUCUUGCUAAGUUUGUACUCCUAAGACUAUA